CGAAUUGUUUUGUUUUGUUGAUUCCGAUUCAUCAUCAGCGGACUCGUCGAUAGUUCCGAAAGCCCGUUCUUAGUCCGAUUUAUUAUCUACAGUUUUGUUUUAAAACCUUCUCAACCUCAAGAUGGAUCUGACGAGAGUUCCAAACGAACGCAAGCUAUAUCUUUGCAAGUGGUAUUUCAAAGUCGGAUUUGCACUGCUACCAUUCGUGUGGGCAAUCAAUACUUGCUGGUUCUUUAGUGAGGCUUUUCAGAAACCGGCCUAUGAUGAACAGAAGGAGAUUAAAAAAUAUGUAAUCCUGUCCGGAAUCGGAUCUCUUGUUUGGUUCGUGGUUAUUCUGACGUGGGUUACUACUUUCCAACUGAAGCGGACUGAUUGGGGUGAUUUUGCAGAUAGUAUAAGCUUCAUCAUUCCUCUAGGAAAAGCCUAAUUUAGUUUAAGCUAGUACUUAUGAGUGUGAUUUAUAAAUUCAAUUUUUGUUUAAGUGCUUUAUUUUAUAACAUUCAAUUAUAUGACCAAAACAUAAAACAACAAGCUUGGUUAAGAUAUUGCCUUUUUCCGAUAAUUUUCUGAUAGUGAUAGCAGAUACCAAGGCAAAGUAUUGACAAAAAAUAUUUUAUCAGUUUAUUGAAAAUGUUUCGAUAAUAAAGUAACAUUUUAUGAAAUUCAUCAACAUUGUGAAAAAGUA